CUGGAGAGGGUAGAGUGCAGCUUAUAUGGAGGAAAGAGUGAACCCAACUCCAUCAUGAAGAGCACAAUGCCAGACAUGGCGGAGCGGAUACUGGACCUCACCCUGGAGAUCAUCUACCUGCUGACCGGAGAGGAUUAUGUCAUUGUGAGGAAGUCUCGUGAUGACCCAACCUCAAAAUUGUUGUCCAAGAGCAAAAGCCUCAUCUCAUUUCUUCCACCUCCCUCCUUGAUACCUGACAGAAAUAGCGACAAGAAGAUACUAGAAGUCACCAAGAAGAUCAUUGAUCUGCUGAUGGGAGAGGUUCCUAUAAGGUGUCAGGAUGUCACUGUCUAUUUCUCCAUGGAGGAGUGGGAGUAUUUAGAAGGACACAAGGACCUCUACAAGGACGUCAUGAUGGACAAUCAGCCGCCCCUCACAUCACCGGGUCACAGACUUUUGCCCCAAAAUAUUUAUCCGAGACUUCAGGGUACAUACAGGUCACUGCACUCUUCUAGUGCUGAAAAACCUUCUAAAGAUACAUCUGAUCCGGUUAGGCAUACCAAACAGCACAAGGCUGGUAAGGACAAUUCAUGUUCUGAGUGUGGCAAAUGUUUUACUGAAAAUUCAUCUCAACAUGCUGAGGAGAAACGAUACCAAUGCCUCGAGUGUGGCAAACGGUUCUUCUUCAAGUCCGACCUCACUGUGCACCAGAGAGUUCACACUGGCGAGGAACCCUAUCCCUGCUUCGAGUGUGGCAAAAGUUUUUCACACAGGACGACGUUGGUCUGCCACCAGCGAAUGCACCGGGGAGAAAAACCAUUCUUGUGUUCGGAUUGCGGGAAGUGCUUCACUCGAAAGUCUUGCCUUCUGCAGCACGAGAGAAUCCACACGGGAGUCAAGCCGUACGUCUGUUCGGAGUGCGGGAAAAGCUUCAACCAAAAAUCGUCUCUGAUUAGUCACCAGAGAGGCCACAGGGGAGAGAAACCGUUCACGUGCUCCGUGUGCGGGAAGUCUUUCACACGGAGUUCCAGCCUUGUGGUCCAUCACCGUUUUCACACCGGGGAGCGCCCCCCUACACCUGCCUGA